UUUUGAUUUCGUGGGUUAUUUUCCCUUCUCAACUCUGAUUUGGAUUGGUGUCCCAGAAAAUCCAAACUGCCCUUGAACGCAGCAGUAAUCAAGCUAACGUUUGUUAGCUUUUCCCUUUACUGUGGUGUUAUGAGUUGAGCAAGACUUAAGCCAGUGCUGGGAAUGCAGCCACCUUUGCCACCUGAGGCUGUCAGAGAGCUGGUGAGCUCCUGUCUGCACAGAGACCCUGCAGCUGCAGAUCUACGCUGCAGCCUGUUUGUGGCUGCAGCUCAGAGCUACAAGAGGGACUCUCUGCUCAGACCCUUCCCUCCUCGCUACAUCAGUGGCGACAUUAAGGACUUUGAGGAACUGUUGGCUGAUGUAAACUCCCUUCCUGGUGUGAGAGAUUUGGUGAGGUUACGUCCAAAUGAAGGAGAGCACCAUCUGGCCCUCAUUCACUGGAUUCUCUCCUCAAAGAGCUUGGCUGUGAAGACUCUACCAAAGGAUGAGUACGCCAAACUCUGUAAGCUGACAGAAAAUGAAGGGAUUUCUGCACCUGUUCCUGACUUCCUGUUUGAGCUGGAGUACUCUGAUCACUUAAACUCCAGGUUUGAGAAGACGAGGGAAGGAAGAGAUGUCUUCUACGCAUUCCACGGGAGCCGCCUGGAGAACUUUCAUUCAAUCAUUCACAACGGGCUCCACUGCCACCUCAACAAGAACUCUGUAUUCGGAGAAGGGACCUACCUAACUAGUGACCUCAGCAUGGCCGUCCUCUACAGCCCCCACAGCAGUGGCUGGAGAGAAAGCAUCCUGGGUCCUCAGCUCAGCUGUGUCGCCCUGUGUCAAAUUAUCGACCAUCCAGACGUUAAAUGCCAGGUGAAGAAAAAAGAUUCUGAUACCAUAGACCGGCAGCGCUCCAGAGCCAAGAACAGCGAAGGGGGCGACGUUCCGCAGAAAUACUUCAUAGUUACCAACAAUCAGCUUUUACGAGUCAAAUACCUGUUUGUCUACUCUCAGGGGAAACACCUGAGCAGGCAUUCCCGCAGCAGGUCGUGGAUUCUUAGACACCAUUUCGCCAUCAUGAUGAGCCUCUACCUUCUGCUGCUCAUAUUCAUCGGUGCCUUGAACUCCUCGUCGUUCGUCUCCUUCUGGAACAGACUGUUCAGGUGACGGGCCAGCAGGAGCGACGACCCAGACGUUAUCAUCUGUGGUGCCUUUUCUGAUCAGACACACGAUUAUGCUUUAUGCACCUUUAACUCUGCUCUAAUAUUGUAAAAACUCUUGUUUGCUGUUAUGGAUAACAGAUCCUUUAAACAGCGGUUAUAGGACCCUGUUCUGUAUUAAUCCUGUUCAGAUAAGGCUGCUCUGUGUUUUAAUAAAGAUCUGUAAUCCUCCAUGUGUAA